AUGCCUGUGUGUGUCUGCUUAGCUUGCGCCUCGUUUCCUCCUGCGCUUCCUGGCGCACCGGGCUUCCGCCGUCCCCCGAUUCGCCGAGAGGCGCAUGACGGGAAGCCCGGGGUAGGGCAGUUGCGAGGAGCAGCAACAAGAUCAAGUGACUGGAGGCCUCUGUCCCUGCAACAUCGGAUCCAGUAAGUAGCACAACAUGCAUUUUAUUUUACUUUAUUUCCACGGAGGCCAAAAUCGGGGGGUUGGAACGGCGAAGUUUCCAGAGCUACCCGGCGCGUCUUGGGGUUCGUUUCAUCGUCUGGGCUGUUGUAUCAGUUGCAGUGAACUUCAGCGAUCCGGUGGGGCUGACAUAAGUGCCACAACUCCCUGGGGCUCUGGGUGCCCGAGCACCCACAAAAUUCCCCACGAAGGGGCCGGGCACCCACAAAGUUCGGUGCCAGAGCCAUGCGCGCUGCAUGGCGCCCACUUCCCCGGGCACCCACGGUCGCGGAGCCAAGCUAGCACUCCUGGAGGCUGGUUGGUAGGUAGGGGCGGAGGGGGAGAGAAGGUUGUUAUUGAGGUUCCCCCCCCUUGCUGUUUUCUAAUAUCUUCCUCCUAAGGGUGAAUUUGGAUCAGUGGGUUUGGAAGCAAGGCGAAGGCAGGAUGCGAUUAACCGUUAUUGUCCGGCCCUGCUCUGAAAAGCAGAUCUCAUCGAGAACUUUGCUCUGUUUGCUUUCUUUCUUUCCGAAGGACGGUUUGGGAGGGUGAGAGGCGAUUUAAACCACAGCACCUCACAUGACCUCUCAGAUCUGUGAGCUAGCGUGUUUUAGAAAGAGUAGUGGAACAACCAGAAACUGCUAUAAUGUUGUCUUUAGCUGAUCUUUCUUUCUCUUAUAAUUGUUCCUUUGCGUGGCAAAAUAACAUGGCCUGGUAAAAUUUUGGCUUGUUAGACAGGCGGUUCUCAUGUAUUAACAGGAACCUGAUGAAAAGUAAACGGCUCUUUGCUUAUCAUGUGCAUGUUACAGCCUGAAAUGCAGCUGUUCCUUUUUCUCAAUUCAAUGCUCAAUGCUUGUCUGAGAGGGGGGGACAUAUCAAAAACACAAUAGAAAUGACAGGCUAGACACAGCAUGAAGAUAGAUUGUGAUUAGUGUUGUCCGCUGUGUGUUGCUAAAACUUUCUGAAGUUAUCUCCUCUUCCUUAACUUGCUCUCUCUCUUCUCUCCCCUUCUCUGAAAUCAAUAAGGGUCCCUAAACUCAACAAGGCUUCCUUAUGAGUAAAGUGCUCAAUAGUUAAGGGGCUACAGUGGUACCUCUAGUUAUGAACUUAAUUUGUUCCGGAGGUCCUUUCUUAACCUGAAACUGUUCUUAACUAGAGGCGUGCUUUCGCUAAUGGGGCCUCUUGCUGCCACUGUGCCGCCGGCACACGAUUUUCGUUCUCAUCCUGGAGCAAAGUUCUCAACUCGAGGGAACUCUUCCAGGUUAGCGGAGUUUGUAACCUGAGGCGUUUGUAACUCGAGGUACCACUGUAAUUGAGCUGAAAGUGUAGAACAUGAAAGCAAGACACUUAGGUAGAGUAUUUCAAUAUGCAUCUCCUGAAAUAAGUAAGGCUGGAACCAAAUAAACUGCCAACUCGAAAAACAAAAGAAAACCAUGUCAAGGCAAUCUAAGGGCAAAUGCAUCAUCACAAAACCGUAAAAAUCAUGGUCAUAAAACACUAAAAUGCUGAACAAGUGACCAUUUGUUGGCAUGGGAUUCUUCACCCAUGAUUAAGAGGCAUGCAGUAGUUGCAUGGGGCCUGAGGAGGGUGGAGUUGGCAGAAUUGUGCCCUUUUGUCAUAUUAUAUUAUAGGAAAUGGGUCACUGCUCAGUGACCCACUUGCAUGUGGACAUUUCCACCUUUGAUCCCUGUCAUCUCCAGGUUAAAAGGAUCAGGUAGCAGCUGAUGUGUGGAACUUCUGCCAUUGCCACUCAGAGGAGACGUUUCUGGGCUGAGUGGACAAAUAGUCUGAAGCUGUAUGAUUUGUGUGUGUGUGUGUCUGUGUGUGUGGUGGAGAGGGACUCUUCAGCUGAACUGUUCAAGAUAUUUCCUGCUUGGUUGUAUUCAUAGCUGCUCUUGCUUGUUCAUCAGAUAACUACAGUGUUUUGUUUUGUUUUGUUUUGUUUUGUUUUGUUUUGUUUUUGCCAGCCUUGGUAACUACUGCUUUCUAUAUGGUAUUUAAACAAACACGGUAAAAGUUGUUUACAAAUGCAGAAAUCACAAUUGAAAGCGGGACAACUGGUUAAAAAAAAUUCUCCAAAAUGGUUACAAACAGCGCUUAGAGCUUUUAUACAGAUGCGUUUUAAGCUAUAUUCAGUUAAGACCAUAAUCUGAAUCACACUUGUGUGGAUGUAUGUAAUAGCUUGCUAAAUGAGGCCCUACACACCAAGGACUGGUAAAAAGCCCUUGCGGAAGAACACGUCAGUGUCCUUUACCUGUCAGUGUAAUAAUAAUAAUUUUAUUUUUUUAUAUACCACCCAUCUGAUUGGGUUACCCCAGCCACUCUGACGGCUUCCAGCAAAAUAUAAAGAACGCAAUAAAACAUCGAACAUUAAAAACUUCCCUGUACAGAACUGCCUUCGGAUGUCUUCUAAAAGCCAUAUAUAUAGUUGUUCAUGUGUUUGUUUAUCUGAUGAGUAAACCUAUAGGCCGCACCAAGCAGAUUCUCUUCUCUGCCCCUAAAUCCUUUCCCUCUUCGGUUUGCCUCCUGGGAUCCACGUCACAGCCAGUGGAUUUAGAUAAAAAGAAGUGUAUGUUUGCAUUACAGGUGAAUGCUGUAAAAUAGGAUACGGUUGGUGUCACAACUUUCCAGCAUUUGGAUUUGGGGCCAUGUUGGCAGGGCCUGAUGAUGGGUGACAAGGAACCCUGUCAUUGGCCCUGACCUUGAUGGAUCCAGAUGUUACCUGGAAGGAAGUAGGCAGGGAACGUGGGAAAGCGGUUAAUUGUGCUGCUAUUGCUAAUGCGUGCAUCAUCGCUUGAUUGCAAGUUGUUAGAGCUACUAGUGAGGCAUGAGUGUGUAUGUGCCCACAUGCCUUGGCACACAAACAUGCCUAUAGCUUUCUACAGUGGAACUUAAUUCGUUCCAGAGGUCCUUUCUUAACCUGAAACCGUUCUUAACCUGAGGUACCACUUCAGCUAAUGGGGCUUCCUGCUGCCGCCACACAAUUUCUGUUCUCAUCCUGAGGUAAAGUUCUUAACCCGAGGUACUACUUCCGGGUUAGCGGAGUCUGUAACCCGAAGUGUUUGUAACCUGAGGUGUUUGUAACCUGAGGUACCACUGUAUAGCUUUCCUCUUUGUUUUCCUCUGCAGAUGGCAGCGUGUAUUGGGCCACAGCUAA